AUGGCCAAGAAAAUUGUACCAGAUAAUGAGCGUCUCAUCAGAGAUGCCACCAAGAACCAGGUUGUGAUAAACACAAGCAAUGUCUUUGAAGCCAAGCAUCUCACUGGUCGCAAGUUUGAUGACCCAGAGGUUCAGUCUGAGAUCAAGCGCUUCUCAGUCAAAGUCUUCAGCACUUCAGCUUCAGCCUUCAGCAAGCUUACACCGAGGUCGAGCACUGUGUGGUGUUCCAUCUGCCUGUUCAGCAUUGGCAUUAGCCACUCUGGGCACCACAAACCGCCAUCCGCCUUCCCACCUGUAUCUGCUGCUACCAUGGCCCUUUGCCCUGUGCUGUCCUCCAACACCUCUAUGGCAUAUGGACAACCACAGUGCUUUCCAAAUGGUGAUUCCAGCGAAACCAGCAACUACCUCAAUCCCUACUGUGCUCAUCCUCAACAUCACCCACAAACCCUAGCGCCAAUGCCGUUACCAACGCAAAUCCUCCUGAACAGCUCAUGA